AUGAAGCCUUUAUUUUCUGAUAUUCCAAUUGAAAUUGUUCUUAAAAUUGUGAAAAGUGCAACAUGGAGAGAUGUAAUCUCCCUGCGUCAAGUGUCCCGAGAUAUCCGCUCGAUCAUCGACUCCACUCCACUUUUCUAUAAAAACGCUUCUAUAAAAAUACGAGGAAAUGAAACAAUUGUUACUUGUGACUCUACUUCGGAGGUGUUUCCACACGCAUCCAAAACAGUUUUCGAAGAAAAUAUCACUAAAAUUUUCCAAGAUUUGAAACGUUUAUGCUGUCAUCCAAGACUUCUAAUCAACUAUUUUAUUGUGAACAACGGUCACCAGAUCCCCUAUUAUUUCCCUGAAAAUAUGGAUCAAGUUUUCAGCAAAUUUUAUGAGGAAUUCAGUCGUCUGAAAACACAACUAUCCGCGUCCAACAGCUUUCUCCCUGUUGAAAAAGUUCGAAUUGAAUCCAAUACAAUGCUUCGAAACGUGUUUCUAAAUUUAUUUCAACCGGGAAAACUCGAGAAACUUGAUUUGGAUGGAUUCGCAUGGUCUCAUGACACUAUGGAAUUGGAGCAGUUUAAACAAGCCAAAAAGUUCAAGUUCACUGCACCCUGCUUACCCACCUCCAAGUCUACAUUCCUCUUCGCCUAUUCCAAUGAUGUGGAGCCGGGAAUAGUUGAGCACGCGGCGAAGCGUAUCAAUGAAGUGGCUGAUCAGUUCUUAAAAUCCCCUAACAAACGAUUCCGGGUUCUUGCUAGUGUUCGGUUUGAUGUGAACAAGAAAAAUGAGCAAAUAUAUUAUAAUACAUCUGGACCUGGGUUUUAUGACAGUGUUCUGAACAGUCUUCCAGAUCCGAAGUUGAGUUUUCCAAGUCCCCGUACUGGAAGUGACGUUCUAGAGGUUAUUGAAAAAUUCCUUGAAAAUACAGUAUCCCCUGUCUGCGGAUCGGUGAUUUUCAUUCUUGCAAAGCGUUACCCGGAUACAAGUGAUAGUUCCCUGUUACUUACUCGACUAAGAGACCAACAUGUAUCCCUGCAAACAUUUGUUAGCUCAGAUGCAACGGGUGGCUUUGAUAAGCAGUCUCUAUAUGACCUAUCGGUGAAGACUAACGGAUUUUGUGGAUUUGCAGAAAAUCUUACUGAUGCGGAUGUCACAACUAUCUUCAUGACAAACUACCUAUUCUAUGCAGUGAAUCCUACUGUAGCUGGUGUAGGUACUGUAGAACUGCCAGCAGCCUUGCUAGAUGAGCCGGAUCUUCAUAACCAAGGAGUAUGGGUUUUUAUGGAGAUUAAUGUGCAGAAUCAUCCACUAGAUGAUAGUUUUGAAAGUGUCCAGAUAUUGAUGUAUGACCAGAAAAUUAAUCAUACAGAGCCAUUCCAUACAUUUGACCUGGGAGACUGGCCGACUAUUAGACUUGGAAGGGAACAGAGGAUGACUUUGAAUUAUAAUUAUAACAAUUCCAAGGAACAGAAUUUGCAGAUCAGGAUGUAUCAUGGAUAG